AUGCCGUUCCCACGCCGGCGCGUUGGCCUCUCGCUUGGCCUUACUCUUCUCUUACUCGUGCUGCCACUCCCCGGCGACUGCGACAACGCCACCAAUGCACAUUGGGUACCCGCCACCGCGACUUGGUACGGCGCCGCCGAGGGCGACGGCAGCGACGGUAAGGGCCUCGCCCCCGGCUAUCCCGCCGCAUGCUUCUGCCGUCAUCUGCCAAGUAGAAAAACUGUAAACCCUCGGGGAGCCCUCCUCUGUGAACAGUGUUUCCUCUCUUCCGCUUCUUCUUCGACUCCACAUGGGAUGUGGCUUUUUUAGCCGUUGGAAGGGUCCACACUGGGAUGCUACAGAACACAUUGACCGAUAAUUUUCCCUACGGGGGUCUCCUUUCCGUGCAUGUCAUGUCAGAGGCUAGAGCCUCUUCUGGGGCGGGGGGAAUGUAGGGGAUGACUUUUCGAGGGCAUUUUAUUCUUCGUAAGCCCUCCUUUUAUCGAGCAAUGGCUGUUUGGCACUGGGUUUAUGCUUCUUCUCGCGGUUUUCAGGAGGGGCUUGCGGGUACGGGUCUCUGGUCGACGUGCGGCCGCUGCGGGCGAGGGUGGGGGCGGUGAGCCCGGUGCUGUUCAAGGACGGCGAAGGAUGCGGCGCCUGCUACAAGGUGAAGUGCGUCAUGGACCAGAGCAUCUGUUCUCGCCGGCCGGUGACCAUCAUCAUCACCGACGAGUGCCCCGGUGGGUACUGCGCCAACGGCAACACCCACUUCGACCUCAGCGGGGCGGCCUUCGGCCGCAUGGCUAUCGCCGGCUUCGGCUCCGAGCUCCGCAACCGGGGGAUGAUCCCCGUCCUCUUCCGCAGGUGCGACCCCUUGUCUCCUCGAGAGCCGGCCCCUCUCUGCCAUCUUCUGGCCGGAGCUUCCCUCGUCUCCUUUUGCUUCUUGUCCCCUUCUCCAUUGAGUAAAACGACGCAGUAACUCCCAUUUAGUAGCAACCGUAGCAGGAAGAGAGAGGAGAGGCGCCAUUCACUCUAACGCCGGCGGCCUCCUCCCCAUUAAUGUGACCUGCCGCGCCUGAAGAGUCCAUUUUUAUACUGGCGUGAAAGCUAACCAACCGAACGUAAUAUGCAGGACUCCAUGCAAGUACAGGGGCAUGAAUAUAGCUUUCCGCGUGAACGAGGGCUCCACUGAGUACUGGCUCUCUCUUCUCGUCGAGUUUGAGGACGGAGAUGGAGACGUCGGAUCCAUGCACAUACAAGAAGUAACUCUCUCUCUCUCUCUCUCUCUCUCAUGCCAUGGUGGAUCCAUCCCUUUUCAAUGAUAUAACCAAGCUUUUGCCGCCAUCAGAGCCCUCGUCGAUGGCUUUUGCUACCGACUUUUUGCGGCUCGCGCGCUUUGCCGCUGGCUUUUCCUACCGACAGUCGGGGUCUCCGGCACGAUGAGCGCUCACCGGCGCCGCCCCCCGCCGUGUUUUUAGCUCCUUUCUCCGUCACGCUCGAGCGCAUGGCUAGCUUUUUCAGCCGGCGUACUGAUCUCUGUGCGGCCUCUGCAGGCGGGCUCGGCCGAGUGGCUGGAGAUGAAGCACCUGUGGGGCGCCAACUGGGCCAUCAUCGGCGGACCUCUAAGCGGCCCCUUCUCCGUGAAGCUGACCACCUUGUCCACGCAGACGACUCUGUCAGCGCGUGAUGUCAUCCCCAAGAACUGGUCUCCCAAGGCCACCUACACCAGCGGCCUCAAUUUCGCCUGA